AUGGAUCAUGCUGCACUUCAAAGGCCGGAUCUCUGUAUAACUGGAUGCGGUAGAAGAGAGCACACAUGGUCUCUCACCCGUUGGGAAAGGAGGUCGACCCCCUCACACCAGCGAGCCACAGAAUCAAGUUGUACCCAACAGGAUUCUUCGGACGUCUCCGGGCUGUCCAUGCUCAUAUUGGUGGAGGUCAAGGUCCACACCAUAGCGAUAUGCUCCGGCAAAAAAAAAAGAAAGAAGGCAGCGAUGCCUCGUGGCAUGCAGUCCUACCUGCUCUCGUGGUGCACCACUGGCCGGGUUAGGAACCGCUCCGCGGUGGACGUGUAG